AUGCCAGUUCAUGGAAAGGAGGCACCAGUUGGUGCCCUUAGUCAUGGCAAUUACCUGGAUGGGUUUUCUCAAUUCAAUGACAUGGACCUAUCCACUGAGUUAUUGGAGAAACAACACACAACAUUGUUGAAAAGACCACCACAACACAGAGCCAAACAACCGGGCAGCUUCAAUGUGUACGACUGCAACAAUAGUGAGGUUGUACCUGUUACAGACAAUAAUAUUUGUCAAGCUGAGACUAUUGCAAAACAGCUUAAGCUUACUAGAAAGGCAUGUCGUUACCUUUUCAGCUUGGCCGAAGAAUUAUUUCGCGAAGAAACCCGUCUUUACCGCCAUGUUCCCCCGUCAUAUCCCCUGUCGUUGAUUCCUGCAUUGCCUGGGAGGAAGAAACAUUGCCUUUCUACGAGCAUGACCAAUACUAUCCAGUCCGACUUUUGUGAAGUCUUUGACACAAGGCAGCGACUUGUUUGGAAAACUAGGUUAUGGCGCCUACUCGACGAGGUUCCUAUGCUGCGGGAGAUGUUGAGGCGGCUCAUCAAUGUUCUUGAUUUCCUUCAUACGGAGGCCCAUAUUUUCCACACUGGUAUGCGACCUAUGGUUGGUUUUAUGAUAGAGAACAAUGACUGGAGGUAUCUGGCCCUAUGUGGUUUUGGCGAGGCUAGGAUUGGAAAGAUUCAGCAGGACACUGGCCCGUUUGUUCAGCCACACAUUUAUAGCGCACCAGAAGUGGCAUUUGAGAUUCCUUGGGGCGCUUCCGUGGUUAUAUGGAAUGUUGCUACGCUGGUUUGGGAUCUACUCGACGGAAGACACCUGUUUAACAACAUUGGACGAACAGGGUUAUUACGAUCCAUUCAAGCACAUGGCUCAGGCAACUGGCAAGCAGGAAAACAUGUGGAAAUACCUGAUAUUUCCUUCGAACACAUUGAGACGCGAUUAGAAGGCAAUGGUAAGGUCCGCUCUCUCAAGUUCAUUCGGUCGAUGCUGAGCUGGCUUCCUGAGGGUCGAAAUACGGCUAAGGAGCUCCUUGAGGAUUCUUAG